AUGGUAGAGAAGGCAAAACUCAUAGCUGAUGAUAUCAAUAGGUUGGUGGAGAUCAUUGUGAACAGAUUCAAGUGGAAGGGCGGCCCAGCCAGCUGGGAGGGAGAGCCCGUGUCUGGGGGACGCGGGGGGAGCAAGGAGGCGGCUCCCAAUCCAGUUCCAUCAGGUUCUCCCAGCGCCCCCGCCACGGUUCUCAGCAGCUCGGGCGGCGGGAGGAGCGGCAGCGGCCGGGCAGCACAGCUUCGUGAAGGCUCUGGGCGCGCUGCGCCCGCAGGCACCCGGCACGCGCCCUGCCCGCCCCCAAGAUGCCCAAGAGGAAGGUCAUCUGCCGAAGGAGCCGGGAAGGAAGAGCCCAAGAGGAGGUCCGCGCGCUUGUCAGCUAAACCUGCUCCUGUGAAAGUGGAAAUGAAGCCAAAAAAGGCAGCAGCAAGGAAUAAAUCUUUAGACAAAAAAGUGCAGCCGAAAGGGAAAAGAGGAGCAAAGGGAAAGCAGGCCAAAGUGGCUAACCAAGAAACUAAAGAAGAUUUACCAGCAGAAAAUGGAGAAACUAAAACUGAGGAGGAUCCAGCCGCUAAUGAAGCAGGAGAGAAAGAAGCCAAGUCUGAUUAAUAUCAUAUACCAUGUCUUAUCAGUGGUCCCUGUCUCCCUUCUUGUACAAUCCAGAGGAAUAUUUUUAUCAACUAUUUUGUAAAUGCAAGUUUUUUAGUAGCUCUAGAAACAUUUUUUAGAAGGAGGG